GACUGUCUUUUUCUACUGCUCUCUGUUGGAAAUGUUACUAGACUAGAUAGUGCUAUUUUUAGUUGUAUAGUUUAUUUGCACCAUGAUUUAAGCAUAAGGCUCUUAACUAUACCCAGAGCCACUUCAUGCAUGCUGCCGUGCCACUAUAUAUAUAACAUCACACGUAAUGCUGUCUGGAUUAGGAUUUUGUCAGAGACUGCCGCAACAUACUAUGUGACCAGUAUAAAUCCCAAGUUUGAAGGGCAGGCAGUGUGUGGCUGACCAGGUCAAAGAAAGCUGUUAUCCAUGGAACUUCAACACUUUAAUGUCAGUGGAACAGGUGGUAACAGUAAAAAAACAGAAGACAGUGGAACAUGUCAAUGCAUGAGGUUUCCCCAUCAGAGGUGUUUUGUGCUUCUCCUGGCUGUGGGGAUCCUGGUGAUCUUCUACGUAACCACCCUCUUCACUCUUCAUACAAGCCAGACCCCACUCUGGCUGCUAGGAGGUCAGGAUCUAACUCCUCUCUCUUAUACCAAUGAAAAUGAGGAGGAGUUUUUUUCACCAUACCAUGUAGCCUACCCACAGAAAUAUCAGUUUGUCCUGGAUGAGCCUCAUGAGUGCCAGGACCGCAGCCCCUUCCUGCUUCUGAUGGUGCCAGUAGCUCCUGGUAAUCUGGUAGCCCGGGAGGACAUCCGGAGGACUUGGGGUAAGGAGAGCCUGGUUCUGGGCCGGGCUGUGCAUCUGUUCUUCCUGCUGGGCCUGCCCAGUGGAGCAGGGGCACAGAGGAUGCAGGAGGAGGUGCUGCUGGAGAGCCAGGAGUACCAUGACAUGCUGCAGAGUGACUUCCAGGACAGCUACUUCAACCUGACCAUCAAGACCAUGGUGAUGCUAGAGUGGCUUGCCUCUCGCUGCCCCGGCGCCUCCUUCGCUAUGAAGAUUGACUCUGACAUGUUCCUCAACGUGCACAACCUGGUCAACAUGCUGAUAGACCCAACCACACCAAAGCACAACUACAUCACUGGGAAGUUCAGCCAAAACACACAAGUGGUGAGAGACAGCACCUCAAAGUGGUACAUUCCCAAUAAGGUUUACCCCAGUACCAAAUUCCCUCCCUACCUUUUGGGAAAUGGUUAUGUCUUUUCCAUAGAUCUUCCUGAGAAAAUAGUGGAAGCAUCCAAACAAGUCCGUGCCAUAUUUUUAGAGGAUGCCUACCUGGGUAUGUGUCUGAGCUAUUUAGGGAUUGCAGCCAGUUACCCACCUAACUCUGCCCUCUUCAAGCUUUCCAUGCCCUACACUCACAAUCGCUGUUACUACUCUACUGUCAUCACUACUGAAAUGGACCGUGUGAGUGACCUGCUGCGAGUCUGGGAGGACUUACAGAGACCUGGCACUCCCUGCUGAGAACGAUGAACAACUCUUAAAGCUUUGAAUCCUUACCCUGCUAAUAAUCCUUAUAAGUAUUAAACACACUAUAUGUAAGCACAUGCACACAAGUAUUUAAAAAAUAGGUAAGCACACGCACACAUACACACACACUCACACAUACACAUACACAGACACGCACUCACACACACACAGACUCUGGCAUCACGGUAUCAUUGUAUAAUUCACUCAGCAUUUUAAUUUCAUUCUAAAGUAGUAACAUGUUAUUACACAGUAAUUACCAUAUGAUAUGACCAGAUAAUGUUGUUACAAUAACAGCAUUACUACACAAGUAGAAGAGCAACGUAAUGUGAAGUGUUACCGAUCGGUCUUGCCAGUAUCAUUUCUCAUGACUGUCUUAAAUCCAAACGGUAAUGUGUGAUCUUGUGUGUAUCUGUGAAGUAAGUAUCAAAUGAUGUUCUAAUAUCUUCAAAGAUGAGCAUGAUCAGUGUGUAUCACAGUAUCCGAUGUGACAGUAUAGUCUCAAUUUCUGUACAUCAUCAAGACAAACUCAUAUGUGGAUAAAACAUAACAUGUGGUCCUCUGUAGCUCAGCUGGUAGAGCACGGCGCUUAUAACGCCAAGGUAGUGGGUUCGAUCCCCGG